GUUAUUGUUCGGGCUCGCAGUACUGGCCUCUGUAGCAUCGUGCGCGUUGGCCGCCAGAGGGCAGGGCUCAUCGGCUCAAUCUCGCCAGGACAGUUCCGGUAAUAACGGGUAUGAAGACCUCGCCCUCUGGAUAGACAAAGAACAAGUCAAAAUGUUUAGCGGUAUGUCAAUAAAAAUCGAUGUGAUAGCCAACGGCAACGUGCAGCCUUACAUUUUGGAACCAAUGUUUGAGCAACAUCUACCCGAAAUACCCUCAGAAGUGAGCUACGUAAAUUUUACUUGGGUUUCUGGCAUGAAGAAGUAUUAUUACCAUUUCGAUAGACUCCACUCGUCGGACGAGAGUAUAUUGGAACCGCCCGUUAUAUCUAUAAAAACCAAAGGACGAGUGCCGCGCAAAGCCAAAGAGUUUAGCGUGCUCUUACCUUGCUCAGGCAACAGGAGCGGCAUCGCGAAGUUCAGCAUCGGCCUCCUGAUCCAGACUCGUCGCGGCCGACCCGUGCCGGGCACGCCGCUGCGGCUCCAACUGCGCAAAGAGUGCUCGCAGAGAGGACCAGAUCCUGAAUGCAACAGAAAAUGCGCUAAUCAAGGUUGGUGCAAUAGUGAGAAAAUAUGUCAGUGCCCAGAAGGUUAUAUGGGGCAACACUGCCAGAUAGCUCUUUGUUACCCUCAGUGCAUGAAUGGUGGAAACUGCUCCGCUCCUGGUUUGUGCAGCUGCCCACCGGGAUAUCAAGGAAGACAUUGUGAAGGCGGUAUUUGCACAGAAAAAUGCUUGAAUGGUGGAAAAUGCAUUCAGAAGGACAAAUGUGAAUGCUCUAAAGGAUAUCAUGGCCUACGCUGUGAAUUUUCCAAAUGUGUAAUACCAUGCCUAAAUGGUGGAAAAUGCAGGGAUGUAAAUAAAUGCCGAUGUUUGCCGGGUUACAGUGGUGAUCACUGUCAAAUAAAAAGCUGGAGAGUCCAGUCGCGCAGUGCUUGCCAGCGUUGUGGACAUGGAACGUGCCAGCCCGACAACACUUGCAAAUGUGAUAAAGGAUUUGGGCGAUUGUGCAAUCAUAGUAAGUAA